AUGAAAAAAGAUAUAUAUUUAAAGAUAUUUAACAAUAAUAUAUUAAAUAAACAUAUUUUUAAUAAUGUAUCUUUUAUAAAUAAAGUUAGAUCUAGCUAUGAACGUUGUAAUUGGAAACAAUUAUUAGAAUCACCUUAUUUUAUGGUUGGCAAUGGUUAUUUCGAUUUGCUAAUGAAUUACUUUGAGGAGAAUAGAGAAGAUCUCAUUUCAAAUGAGAUAGAAAUCGAUUUCAUAAAGCUUUUAAUAAUAGCAAUCAAAGUUGAUCGAUUCGAUCUAUUCGAGUAUCUAUGGUCGGAAUUCGAUUUCAAUAGUAGAACAUGCUAUGAUCAACAGAACACAAACGAUGUUCUAGUCGAAGCGAUCAUAUAUAAUCGAAUGGACGUAGUUUCAUUACUCUUUGAAUCGGCGUCUUCACUGCAGAGCAGUGGCUUCAAUUGGCACUAUAAAAGAGCGUUCGAAGAAUCACCGAAAUCAAAGAGUUUGGCAAUGCUAGAGUAUGUCUCUGAGCAAUUCGACUCGUACAACAUCGUCAGCAAAUCGAUUCCAAAGGUAUUCGAUAAUGCAGCAUCGGUUGGCUCGAUAGAAAUGAUCGAAUGGCUUGCAGAGAACAAACCACAACACCGACCAAAUAAUCUAAUGUAUCGCGAGGCAAUCAUUGCCAACCAAAUGGAGGUUGUCAAAUACCUGUUGGGAUUGGGCGACGAGGAAGAUCGAGGAAGAGCUGAUGGUAGAUCGAGCACGGCCGUUUGCUUAGCGGCCGAUAAGAAUAACCUUGAUCUAUUGAAACUACUUCAUCAGAAUGGCUUUGAAUUCAACAGUUCCACCUAUUUCUAUGCAAUUAACAAAAAUAACUUGGAAAUGGUUCAAUGGCUGGCACAAGUACCAGCAGAAUAUCCAAUCAACAUUAUUUUCUACACGAUUAAAUGUGGAAAUCUUGAAAUUUUCAAAUGGAUACUUGAAAAUACACCGUUUGUAUGCGAUGUCAAAGACAUGGAUAUGGCCGCACAAUACAAUAGACUCGAUUUUCUAGAGUAUCUUCAUGGCAAGGGUAUUUUGGUGUGUACCACCGAUGCUAUGGAUCUUGCAGCAACCAAAGGCCACACCGACGUUGUUAGAUGGCUUAAUGAAAAUAGGACAGAAGGUUGUACCGGUCUUGGAAUCAGAGAAGCAUUAACCAAUGGUCAUUUUGCCGUAGUUCAGUAUCUAUGCGAAAACCACAUGAUGGCAUGCAACAGCUACGAAUUGAGCACUGCUGCAUGCGCCGAACAAUUUGAAAUAUUCGAAUGGCUACUAUUCAACCGAUUCGAAUACCAUCAUAAUCACUUUGAAAUUAGUGAUCCUCCAAUGCAUACGCUAUUCAGCAAAGACAAAUAUCAAAUUGUUGAAAGGAUAUUGAAUGAACGACCUACAUCCUAUGAAAAUCUCAUUCGAUACCGAUCGAUAAUUGAGAAACUUUAUAAAAAUUCACAGCAGUCACUUGAAAUACUAAACAAACACAUAUCAAAUCACCAAAAAAAAUAA